AUGUAUAGAUAUUUUACAAAGAGAAUGUUUUCUUCAGCUCAAAGUAAGCCUUUUAAAGGAGAGUUUGUAGUGAUAACAGGAGGAACGCGUGGAAUAGGAUAUUCUAUUGCACAAAAAUUUGCACAGAAUGGUGCAAGAUGUGCUUUGAUAGGACGUAAUAAAGAGACAAUUGAAAAGGCAAAAAGUUACUUAAAUAAAAAUCUUGAAGUAGACAAUAAUCAUAUAGGAUAUAAAUGUGAUUUAAGAAUUCCUACAGAAAUUGAGAAAGUUUGCACGGUAACACUCCGAGUAUCACAUGAUUCGCUUGUUGUUAGACUUAAAGAACAAGAAGUGAAUGAUAUUAUUCAAACAAAUCUUCUUGGAACAAUUUAUAUGUGUAGUCAUAUCUCUAAACAAAUGGUUAAAACGAAAAAGGGAUGUAUAGUUAAUAUAUCAAGCGUUGUUGGAUUACAAGGGAAUAGUGGACAAUCUGUUUAUAGUGCUUCAAAGGCUGGAAUUAUUGGAUUUUCAAAAUCAUUGGCUAAAGAGCUUGCACGGAAGAAUAUUCGCGUAAAUGUCAUCGCACCCGGAUUUAUUGAGACUGAUAUGACUUCAAGUAUGAAUAUAUUAGUAAUGAAUAAAAAUUUGUCUGCAAUUUCUGAAAAGGAAUCUUAUAAAAAAAAAAUACUAAUGCAAAGAUUUGGGAAACCUGAGGAAAUUUCUGAUGCUGCUUUGUACCUUGCAAAAGCUGAUUAUGUUACUGGGCAGACACUUAUUGUUGAUGGUGGAUUGAUUUCGUCAUAA